AUGGACCCAGAAAGACUGACACGAAGAGAGGAAAUCCAGAAAGCAAUGAGUUUUAUCCAGUCAUCAUUGCCUUUCCCAGAGCCAGAGAAUUAUGAGGCUUUUUUGACCCAGUUGGUAUAUAACCUCCUGGGUGAGGGCAACUCCUGCUACCGAGACGGCGACUCCCGUCAAGCAGCGCAGCAGUAUGGAGAAGGGAUCAGUGUCGCCCGUUAUGCUCAAGCCGAGGCCCUCAUCAUCCCCCACGAGUUGCUGGAGAGCCUCUACGUCAACCGGGCAGCUGCCUACUACCAAAUUAGGGAAUUUGAGCGUGGCGUUCAGGACUGCGAUAGUGCGCUAUUUGUAUCCGAAGGCAGUCGCAGGGCUCUGUACCGCAAAGCGCUCUGCCUGAGAGAAAUGGGACGACUCAGAGAAGCCUAUGAGUGUGGCACCAAAUGUUUGCUCACGGAACCACACGACAAGCAAGUUUGCGAGCUUGCUCAAGAGCUGGCCAAUAAGCUGGGACUGAAGGGCCGUAAAGCCUACAUCAGUCAAACUGAGUCCACGGUCACUGAAGGAGAGAGUCUUGGCGAGACAUCACCACCCUCUGGAGAGUUGUCCUCCAAUGGAAUGGAGUCUCUGGGUGACAUGGGACCAGCAGACCUGUCCAAUGCACAGUGCAUCCCCGCACCUCUGGCCACGUCCAUCCCGGUCAGCGACGAGCCCUCAGUCCUGACGCCUUGCACGGACCUGUCAGAGAGCCCUAGCAGCCCCAACAGCCAGUCUUUACCGCAGAUGCCGUACUCUGUCCCUGUGUCUGAACACAUCGACGAAUGUACCAGUAUCGUGAAGGAUGAGCUAGACAGUAUCCUCGAAUGCAUCCCCAAGAAAGUCAGUGAGAGUCCAGUAGGCGCCAUACCCACCAACCUUCCAAAUACAGCGGUGGGUCUGCGCCCCCCUUACUCCCCCAGCCUACCCGCCCCGUCAGCCCAGCUCGCCCCCACCUUCUUCGGCUCCUCCGUCAGCGACAUUCCCCCUCUGGAGCCUUACUCGCCGCUGGCCCAGCGAGACCAAGGCUCCACCCAAGCGCAGGACGCUCUGGGAGGCUUCUCAAGUGGAGCCAUGGACGGAGAAGCAAAGUCUGGGAAAGUUUCCGGUGGGCUCGACUCUUUGUCAGAGUACACUCUCCCUGGUGGACGGGUGUGUCACAGCUUCAUCCCCGGGAUGCGAAAUCACAACUCUGCUCAAGCAAAUGGCCCAGCAGGAACAAACCUGUCCAUGCUGUCUAGGAAUCCUCUGGCUGGAACACAUGAAUUUCGUCAAGCCUGCCAUGCGUGUUACAGUCGAAUAGGUCCACGAGUGAUGGACUAUAAAUACCAGCCAGAAGCAGCACAUCGAUGCAAGAGGGAUGUCCUGCUGUGUCGCCUCAAAAACACAGAUGACCCCACCUGGAAAAGGAUUCGGCCACGUCCUGCACGGAACAACUUCUUAGGGGCCUUCGUACUUUGUAAAGAGGUGCAGGAACGCCAGGAGUGCCAAUACGGUGAAAACUGCACCUUUGCAUACUGCCAGGAGGAAAUCGACGUAUGGACACAAGAGAGGAAGGGCGCACUGAGCCGAGAGCUAUUGUUCGACCCACUGGGGAGCACGGAGAGGCGUGCAUUGAGUGUUACCAAACUGCUUCAGCUCCACAUGGGCAUGUUCAUGUUCCUCUGUGAGGAAUGUUUUGAUAGUAAGCCCCGCAUGAUAAGUAAACGCAGCAAAGAAAACUUGGCAGUGUGUUCCAACAUCACAGCUCGACACCCAUUUGAUGACAAUAAGUGCCUGGUGCAUGUGGUGCGCUCAGCUAACGUGCGCUACAGUAAAGUACGCCCUCUCCACCCCCUGUGCCAGUUUGAUGUUUGUCGCCACGAGGUUCGGUAUGGCUGCCAGCGCGAGGACAGCUGUUCUUUUGCGCACUCGGUCAUUGAACUCAAAUGUUGGGUACUUCAACAAGACACGGGCAUUACCCAUGAAGAGAUGGUGCAGGAGUCUAAAAGACAUUGGCAGAGACUAGAGCAGAAUGCACAGAAGCAGCAAAAGCCCAUCCACCAUAUUCCCCACCCGAGCAGCAGCAUGCCUAUUGGUGGAAUGGGAGUCAGCGCGGGUGGCGUAGGAGAUUGCAUCGGCGGAGGCGGGGUGCCUUCUGUGGGAGCGCUAGGAGGCGGCGCUGGACGCGGCCGCCCCCUCAACCUGAAAAUGAAGUUUGUGUGUGGACAAUGCUGGAGAGAGGGGCAAGUAAAUGAGCCCGACAAGAACCUCAAGUACUGCACUGCCAAAGCGCGGCACAGCUGGACAAAGGAGCGGAGAGUCUUGCUGGUGAAAUCAUUUGAGAAAAAGAAGUGGGUUGUCGUCCGGCCUCUCCCGUUCUCCCGCACCUAUCCACAGCAAUAUGAUAUGUGCGUGCACGUGAUGAAGCAGAAAAAGUGCCACUACAUUGGCAACUGCUCGUUUGCCCACAGCCUGGAGGAGAGGGACGUCUGGACGUACAUGAAAAACAACAGUUUGAGAGACAUGCAACAAAUGUACGAACUGUGGCUGCAGCUGACCAAUCAGAAUAGACGCACAGAGAGCACGGCAGCGACCCCGCCCCCCGAGGACAAACAGGUCACCAUCACAGCAGAUUACAGUGAGAACAUGGGAGGGCGGCGUUUGUCCGACGGGGACGACCUCUGA